UGUAACAAAGACAUGGGGAACAGUCCGGUUCAGACUCCAGAGGAAGACCUUUGUGAUCUGGACACCCAUCAUGGUUUAACUGUGGUCGAGCUCUACAUUAUGCCCGCCUCCUUCCUGACUGUGCUUAUCCUCGGGCUUCCCCUCAACCUGCUCUCCCUGUGGGUUUUCACCGUGCGGCUGCAGCGAUGGACCCGCAGCACGGUGUUCCUCUUCAACCUGACCUUAGCUGACACCUCCUGGCUCCUGGCCUUGCCUUUCCUCAUCCAUUACCAUCUGAACCACAUGUACUGGAACCAGGGGCUGCCGCUCUGCAUUGCUGUGAGGAUGUUUUACCACAACUACUUCUACCUCAGCAUCUUCUUCGUCACCUGCAUCAGUGUGGACCGAUACCUGGCCAUCGUACACCCACUGCGCUCUCUGGUGCUGCUCGAUCGGCGGAAGGCCUGUCUGCUGUGCGCGGCCGUGUGGACAGCCACGCUGCUCCUAAGCAUACCUGUUGCCCGGAUGACUCUGAUCCAGACUUGCCCCGGAAGCAACCGCACCGUGUGCACCCUGUACGUACUGCUACGUGAAACAGGGGAGAGCCUCCCUUAUUCCCUCAUAUGCUCCAUUAUCGGCUUCCUCUUCCCGCUGCUCGCCAUCUGCUACUGCGGCCUGCGCAGCAUCAGAGAGCUUCGCCGUCGACCUCUCCACCCCGAUCACCUCAACAAGAAGCUGCGGCUCAGGCGGCUGCUGGGCGCAGUGCUAGUCAUAUUUUCCUCGUUUUACCUGCCCUAUCACCUGAGCCGCAACGCUGCCGUCGUGAUACGGGCGAUCUACCCCGACAGCCCCGCCUCCUGGCGACCCGCAGACACGGCCUUCGUCCUGGAGAUGUGUAUUUGCGGCCUCAUUACCUGCGUUAACCCCUUGUUCAGCUGCCUUACAGGACGCCAGUUUAGGAAUGAGUUUUACGGCACGAUUGCUGCCAUGUUUCCACGUUGUCCACGCAUGCAGGCAACAUCUAAAGGGACCCAGAUGAACCUUAGGAAAAGGCAGGAGGUGUCCAGUGUUGCACCUGUGCGCGCACUGCCUGCACCUAGACCUUAAUGAGGAAUUUGAUUAAAUGUUUUUCUUUUUUUGUGUAAAUGUGUCAGAGAUCACAAACCGCUGUGAGCCCCCCCCUUUCUUAAGUGGCAAUAUCGGAUACAUACACUGCAAAGAACAAUGGUUUCUGGUCUCCUUUAUCUUGU